UGUGCUGUUGUUUAGUCCAAUCAAACCGACAGCGAACCACCGUCACUCUUGUCCUUAUCAUUGCGGCUACAUAGAUCAACGGCUGUCAUUUUAUUCCGCAAUGUUUUAAUUAUUUUUUCAGUAAAAAUUAUUGUAUUCAUUGAGGAGACUUUGCUGACUUGUAUACAAAUUCACCGUAAAGAAAAUAAUAAAAUUACUUCACAUCAACAACAAAAUGUCCAUGUCAACUUGUCUCUGGUUCUUGCUGGUGUCAAGCUUCACAGGCGCAAACGAGGUCAACGUAAAUUGCCUGAGGAGCAUAAAAUCUCAAGUUAAAGAUCCCAAGCGAUCUUUAUCAAGUCUAGAUCUUUCCAGAAACAACUUCUCUGGAGCUCUACCAUCUAAUAUAGCCUCCUUGAUUCCAUUUGUUACAACUCUCGACCUCUCUUACAAUCAAUUCUCCGGUGAAAUCCCAACAGGUUUAUUAAAUGUUACCUUUCUGAACACUCUUAUGCUUCAGCAUAACCAGUUCACUGGUCAGCUUCCUCCCCAGCUAGCGUCACUUCAGCGGCUCAAACAGUUCUCAGUGGCAGACAAUCAUUUGAUCGGUCCUGUCCCAAAAUUCAACGAAGCCUACUUUGGAUCGGAGAGUUUUGCUAAUAACACGGAUUUGUGUGGUUUGCCUAUGGAGUUUUGCAUUAACCCGGAAGAAAAAGUGAGCCGGUUUGGGCAGAUGGGUGCAGCAAUUGGUGCGGCUAUAUUUGCACCAGUAGGUGCGUUCUUAGGCUGGUUCUUCUUCAAUGGUAAUUAGAAGGAGAAACAAGGAAAUAUAAGACACCGGAGAUGAAUUUCUACGUUUGUAAUUGGAUCACAUGUCUUAAUUAGUUAAUGAAUAUCACAUUUAGUUUCUGCAUCCGUUCAUGAGAUUCGUGGAAGCACCUAAACAAGUACUUCUAAACAGUAAAGUUAAUCUCAAGAUAUUGUUGUCUAUUUAAUCUGAACACCAUGUAUGAGUUAAAACAAUUUAUCUUCUUUUUUCCUUUUAA